GGAGGAGGCGGCGGCGGCGGCAGCCGGUGCCGGGGCCAUCGCGGCGCUGCCCCGUCCGAGGGACCAGCGCUGUGCCCUCCUUGCAGCUCUGUUCCAUCCCCUUGGAUCCAUUCUCUCCCCAGUGGAAGGCAGCAUCCCACCAGAACAGAGGAGCAGACCUGUCCUCCUGGAACGCCUUUGGAACGGCUCUGCUUGGGGGUACAGAGGAAUCUGAGAUGAAAGAGAACUAGAUUCUGAUGAUCAUCUUGACGCUGUUGCUGUCACCUGUGUUGACAGAACAAAACACUUUAACAUGCCUCGUAGCCCUACAUCAAGUGAAGAUGAAAUGGCACAAAGCUUUUCUGACUAUUCUGUUGAGUCUGAAUCAGACAGCUCCAAAGAAGAAACUAUUUAUGACACAAUUAGAGCAACUGCAGAAAAACCAAGCAGCAGAAUGGAGGACAGUCAGAGCAACACUUUAGUGAUUCGAAUUAUCAUACCUGACCUGCAGCAAACGAAAUGCAUUAGAUUUAACCCAGAAGCUUCAGUGUGGGUUGCAAAGCAGCGGAUUUUGUGCACUUUGAACCAGAGUUUGAAAGAUGUCCUGAAUUAUGGACUGUUCCAACCUGCAAGCAAUGGGAGAGAUGGGAAGUUUUUGGAUGAGGAGCGACUUCUGAGGGAAUACCCACAGCCAGUCAAUAAAGGAGUGCCUUCACUCGAGUUUCGCUACAAGAAAAGAGUGUACAGACAGUUCAACCUUGAUGAAAAGCAGCUGGCCAAGCUUCACACCAAGGCCAAUUUGAAAAAAUUUAUGGAUCAUGUCCACCAUCUCUCUGUGGAAAAAAUGACCAAGAUGUUGGACCGAGGACUGGACCCAAACUAUCAUGACUUAGAAAGCGGAGAAACACCCCUAACUUUGGCAGCUCAGCUUGACAAUACAGUAGAAGUAAUAAAAACCCUGAAAAAUGGAGGAGCACAUUUAGACUUCAGAGCUAAGGAUGGAAUGACAGCUCUGCACAAAGCAGCCAGAGCCAAGAACCAAGUAGCCCUCAAGACCCUUUUAGAGCUGGGAGCAUCUCCUAACUACAAGGACAGCUGUGGCCUGACCCCACUGUACCACACAGCUGUGGUGGGAGGGGACCCUUUCUGCUGUGAGCUCUUACUCCAUGAACAUGCUACAGUCAGCUGCAAGGAUGAAAAUGGAUGGCAAGAAAUUCAUCAGGCUUGCAGGUACGGACAUGUCCAACACCUGGAGCAUCUCCUGUUCUAUGGCGCUGACAUGUGUGCACAGAACGCCUCGGGGAACACGGCCCUGCACAUCUGUGCCCUCUACAACCAGGAGAGCUGUGCAAGGGUUCUGCUAUUCCGGGGAGCCAACAAGGAGAUCAAGAAUUACAACAGCCAGUCUCCAUUUCAGGUGGCUAUAAUAGCGGGAAAUUUUGAGCUUGCUGAAUACAUCAAGAAUCACAGGGAAGCUGAUAUUGGAUCCAGCUUCCUAUAUCCAAGUAGAAGUCCCUGGAAUCCGUUGUUGUCAGUGCCCUUUAGGGAGGCUCCCACCUACUCCAACAGGAGGAGGAGGCCUCCCAGCACCUUGGCAGCCCCCCGGAUCCUGCUCCGCUCCAACAGCGACAACAACCUGAACAUCAACAACCUCCCCGAGUGGUCAGCCUCCUCCUCUGCCUCUUCACACCGCAGCCUUUCCCCUCACCUGCUCCAACAGAUGCAGAAUAAUCCCAAUGGAACUGUAAAAACUGUGGGGAGUUACACUCCAUCCUCCCGGAGCCGCUCGCCAUCCCUCAACAGGCUGGGAGAGGAUGCCAAGAGGCAGCAGCACAGGCACAUCAGUGCCAUUUACAGUCCCAGUGCCAACAAGGAUGCUCUGUCUGCCUUGGAUUAUCAGGGUCCCAAAAGGAAGCUCUACAGUGCUGUCCCUGGGAGACUUUUUAUCGUUGUAAAGCCAUAUCAACCUCAAGGGGAAGGGGAAAUUCACCUGCACAAAGGAGAUAGAGUCAAAGUGCUGAGCAUCGGAGAAGGUGGGUUCUGGGAAGGCAGCACCCGGGGACAUAUUGGCUGGUUUCCUGCAGAGUGUGUGGAAGAAGUUCAGUGCAAACCAAAUGAAAGCAAACCAGAAACUCGAGCAGAUAGAUCAAAGAAGCUGUUUAGACACUACACGGUUGGAUCCUAUGACAGCUUUGAUGCUUCAAGUGACUGCAUAAUAGAAGAAAAGGCAGUGGUCCUGCAGAAAAAAGACAAUGAAGGAUUUGGAUUUGUGCUCAGAGGGGCAAAAGCUGACACACCAAUUGAAGAAUUCACCCCAACUCCAGCCUUUCCUGCUUUGCAGUACUUGGAAUCUGUGGAUGAAGGGGGAGUAGCAUGGCAAGCUGGCCUGAGAACUGGAGACUUUUUGAUCGAGGUUAAUAAUGAGAAUGUAGUGAAAGUUGGCCACAGGCAGGUGGUGAACAUGAUUCGACAGGGGGGCAAUCAUCUUGUGCUGAAAGUUGUCACAGUAACCAGGAAUCUUGACCCAGAUGACACAGCAAGGAAGAAAGCCCCACCACCUCCUAAGCGAGCUCCAACCACUGCACUGACCCUGCGGUCUAAGUCCAUGACCUCAGAGCUUGAAGAGCUUGUGGAUAAAGCUUCAGUACGGAAGAAGAAGGAUAUUCUCCCUUCACAUUUUGAAGGUUUGAAGAAGAGGAUUGUUUUUCGAGUCACACUAAAUAAGGUGGAUGAAAUAGUUCCAGUUUCCAAGCCAUCAAGAAUUGCAGACAAUGCAACUGUGGACUCCAGAGUGGCAACUAUAAAACAGCGGCCUUCUAGUAGAUGUUUUCCCUCAGCUACAGAUAUGAAUUCCAUGUAUGAGAGACAGGGUAUUGCUGUGAUGACGCCCACUUCCCCAGGGAGCCCUCAAGGUCCUUUUCUGGGUAUACCUCGGGGUACAAUGAGAAGACAAAAAUCUAUAGGAAUAACGGAGGAAGAGCGGCAGUUUCUGGCCCCUCCUAUGCUGAAGUUUACCAGGAGUCUUUCAAUGCCUGACACCUCCGAAGAUAUCCCACCACCACCACAGUCCUUACCUCCCUCACCACCGCCACCUUCUCCCUCUCUGUACAACUCUCCCAAAUCCCUGACAGCCCGGAGCUAUGGAACGAUCAAACCUCCAUUUAACCAGAAUUCAGGUGCAAAAAUCUCUUUGGUUAGGCCCGAGAGCGUGGGGACGAUGAUAAGGGACAAAGGGAUCUAUUACCGGCGGGAGCUGGACCGAUACUCCCUGGACUCAGAAGACCUGUACAACCGGAGUGCCGCAGCUCAGGCGAAUUUCAGGAGCAAGAGGGGCCAGAUGCCGGAAAACCCCUAUUCCGAGGUUGGGAAGAUCGCCAGCAAAGCGGUUUACGUGCCAGCCAAGCCAGCCAGGCGGAAGGGGAUGCUGGUGAAACAAUCCAACGUGGAGGACAGCCCAGAAAAGACCUGCUCUAUUCCAAUCCCAACCAUCAUUGUCAAAGAGCCAUCCACCAGCAGCAGCGGGAAAAGCAGCCAAGGGAGCAGCAUGGAGAUCGAUCUCAGUCUUCAAGAGCAGCCCGGACAGCUCCGGCCCGACGACAGCUUGGGAGUCAGCAGUCCAUUCGCAGCAGCCAUUGCAGGGGCCGUGAGGGACAGGGAAAAGAGGCUGGAAGCCAGGCGCAAUUCCCCAGCCUUCCUCUCCACAGACCUGGGAGAUGAGGAUGUUGGGUUAACCCCACCAACACCACGGAUGAGGCAGUCCAAGUUCACCGAGGAGGCAAUGUUCAGCAGUGAGGAUGGUUUCAGACAGCUCAUGUCGCCAUCUCCGAUCCCCGCCCCCAGAAGCCCGAGAAACCUUUUUAACAGCAAUGAGCCCAGCAACCAGAGCGACUCAAGGACAUUGAAUGCUCUGUCCAAAACGAAAGGUACUGACAACAGUACGGUGGCAGCCAAGCCCACGAGUGCUCCAGGCACGGACAGCUAUGUCCACCCGGUCACAGGGAAGCUGUUGGAUCCAAACUCGCCACUUGCCCUCGCGCUCUCUGCCAGGGACAGAGCCAUGAAAGAGCAGACCCAGCAGAUUCCAGGCAAAGGGGAUGCUGUCAAAACCGACCUUAACAAACCGCUUUACAUCGACACCAAGCUGAGACCCAACAUGGAAACUACUUUUCCUGUUACUGCCACUAUCACCAGGCAAAAUACCCGCGGCCUGUUGAGACGGCAGGAGACCGAGAACAAGUACGAGAUGGAUGCAGGGAAAGAAAAGAAAGCUGAGGAGAAGAAGAACAUGUUGAUAAACAUCGUGGAUACCUCGCAGCAAAAAUCAGCUGGCUUGUUGAUGGUGCACACAGUGGACACGGCGAAGUCAGAUGAUAUGCCCGAGGAUGAGGAGGAAAAGGGAGCUGAGAUGGAGCCGAGCCCUGAACACUCCCCGCCGGAGAGGCCGAGGGCAGCGAGGAAAGCGGAGAGUGAGCUGAGCGUCCCUGCUGCGCCUGAGCCCCCGGCUUCUCCCUGCAAAACCAUUGUGGCUGCCAGCUCUGUGGACGACCCCGUCAUCCUGCCUUUCCGCAUCCCCCCGCCGCCCUGGCCUCAGUGGGACAUCGAUGAGGAGUUCCUGUUCACUGAGCCUCUGCCCCCUCCAUUGGAGUUUGCCAACAGCUUUGACAUCCCCGAUGACCGCGCGGCGCCCGGCUCGGCGCUGACAGACCUGAUGGCGCAGAGGAAGAAUGGCACUCCUGCACCCAGCCAGCCAGCAAACUCCUUGGACGGCAAAAAGCAAGCGGGUCUCUCAAACUGUUUGCCUGCCUCCUUCCUGCCACCCCCUGACAGCUUCGACAACGUCGCCGACUCUGGGAUCGAGGAGGUUGACAGUCGGAGCAGCAGUGACCAUCACCUAGAGACAACCAGCACUAUCUCAACGGUGUCCAGCAUCUCUACCUUAUCCUCGGAAGGGGGGGAGAACGUGGAUACUUGUACAGUCUAUGCAGAUGGGCAAACAUUUCUGGUGGACAAACCCCCAGUACCACCUAAGCCAAAAAUGAAGCCCAUAAUCAACAAAAGCAAUGCACUUUACAAGGAUGCGCUGAUCGAGGAAACUGUAGACAGCUUUGUGAUCCCUCCUCCUGCUCCGCCCCCACCUCCCAUCAGUGCCCCGCCCAACCUGGCGAAAGUUGUCCCCCAAAGGACAUCCAAGCUAUGGGGGGAUGUGCCAGAGGUGAAAAGCCCGAUUCUCUCAGGCCCCAAGGCUAAUGUUAUUAGUGAAUUGAACUCAAUACUCCAGCAAAUGAACAGAGAGAAAUCCUCAAAGCCAGGGGAGGGAUUGGAGUCACCAACUGGAACGAAAACUGCGAGUCUCAGUACAAGGUAA